UCCCACCUGGGCAGGGAGUAAGUGGGUGGGGUCUGCGCCCAAUCUCCCCUGCCUCCCUCCAGACUAACUCGGUCACAGAACCACCCUGUUCUGGCUAGAGGGGCGGGUCCCCUCUUCUGGCAGAGGUCGCCCCCAGAUUAUGGCGUGGGGAUUUUCUCCCCCUUGGUUUUCUCUUCCUUGCAGAGAUGUAUGGCCCUGGAGGAGGGAAGUAUUUCAGCACAAUGGAAGACGACAACCGUAAAAUCACAGGGCUGCGGGUGUCUUCGGCUCUUAUGGUGAAAAGUGUCCAGGUGAGACUUGGAGACUCCUGGGAUGUUAAACAGGGCGCUUCAGGUGGGCAGACCCAGGAAGUCAUCCUGCAGCAAGAUGAAGGCAUCAUAAAAGUCAUUGGCGCCUUCAAAGUUUUCCUCCAGGGUAUGGCCUUGUGCACCAACAAAGGCCGCUGUUUCUAUUUUGGGAAUCUUGAGGGGAAUGUCUUCUUUGCCUACCCCAGCAAAGAGGGGCAGGUGCUGGUGGGCAUCUAUGGCGAGUAUGGACUCCUCGGCAUCAAGAGCAUUGGGUUUGAAUGGAAGUAACCACUCUAGGAGCUGACCACUGAGUGACUCAAAUGACCAUCAAAGGCACCCAUGGGUCACUAGGUUCAGUUAUGUGGCCACCCAAGCUGAGGCCAUCUGGGAGGUGGUGGCUGAUGGUACUGGAGUAACUGAGUCAGGAUGCUGAAUCUGAAUCCACCAAUAAAUAAUGCUUCUGCAGAAUCAA